ACACUUUUCCUAAGACAGACAAGUCCCCCCUUCCUUCUCUCUCUCUAUUUCUCUAAUUUAUUUUUUCUCAAUAUCUUCUCCUUUACAUUUGUUUUUAUUUUUUUUAUUUUAUUGCAUUCGAUACCUCUCCCCCUCGCCGGGGCUUCGAUUCGAUUUGUGUCUAGGGUUAGGGUUUUGUUCUUCUGCUUUUUUUUUUUUCGCGGAUCUGUGUGCAUUUCUGCUCUGAGACCGACUAUGGGUGCCGAAGGCGAAUCAACGGAGCCGAGCUUGGGCGGUGAAGUCGUCAUCAACAUCCGAUGCUCAAAUGGAUCGAAAUUCUCCGUGCGGACCAACCUCGAUUCGAUGGUCGGGGCUUUCAAAGCCCUCCUGGCACAGAACUGCGACGUGCCGGCUGAUCAGCAGAGAUUGAUUUACAAGGGCCGGAUCCUUAAGGACGACCAAACCCUAGAUAGUUACGGUUUGCAGGCAGAUCACACUGUUCACAUGGUUCGUGGUUUUGUCCCCGCUGCAUCGACACCAGCUCCAGCCACUACUAAUGAUGGAUCUCCUAAUGCUCCAGGAGUUGCACGGAGUGUUGGUGCCAGUGAAGGUGGGGGAUUUGGUGGAGGGAUUGGUAUUGGGGCAUUUCACUUUCCUGGUCUGGCUUUUGGUCUAGGUGGCGCUGGCGCUGGCGCUGGCGAUGGCACUGGCACUGGCACUGGCACUGGCACUGGUACUGGAACUGGAGCGGGAGCUGGAGCUGGGACGGGAGCUUCUGGUUUAUUUGGAGCUGGACUUCCAGAGUUUGAACAAGUUCAGCAACAACUGACUCAGAACCCCAAUAUGAUGAGGGAAAUAAUGAACAUGCCGGCCAUUCAGAGCCUAAUGAAUAAUCCUGAUCUAAUGCGCAGCUUGAUUAUGAGCAAUCCUCAAAUGCGUGAGAUUAUUGACCGGAAUCCUGAGCUUGCACAUAUACUCAAUGAUCCUGGUAUUCUCCGACAGACAUUAGAAGCUGCACGGAAUCCUGAGCUAAUGCGGGAGAUGAUGCGAAACACUGACAGGGCAAUGAGUAACAUUGAAUCUUCUCCAGAGGGAUUUAAUAUGCUCAGGCGUAUGUAUGAAAAUGUUCAGGAGCCAUUCUUGAAUGCUACAGCAAUGGCUGGAGGUACUGGAAAUGAUGUGGGAUCGAACCCAUUUGCAGCUCUUUUGGGCAACCAGGGAGGGGCCCAAGCCAGAGAGGGGUCGAAUAAUCCUUCCACCACUGGCUCUGAAACGAGUGCAGCGCGUACUCUCCCAAAUACUAACCCACUCCCUAACCCAUGGGGCAACACCAGUGGAGGUCCUCCAUCAAACACUACCACAAGGUCUGCAUCUGCUGGGGAUGCAAGAGCACCUGGUACUGGCGGUUUAGGAGCUCUUGGUCUUCCUGAGAUGGAACGCAUGUUCUCAGGCAUGCCUGAUCCGGCUUUGUUGAACCAGUUGCUGCAAAAUCCAGCUGUGUCACAGAUGAUGCAAAGCAUGCUCUCCAAUCCCCAAUAUAUGAGCCAGAUUCUCAACUUCAGCCCGCAACUGCGUACCAUGCUUGACUCAAACCCUCAAUUAAGAGAGAUGAUGCAAAACCCAGAACUUCUGCAGCAGAUGAUGGCUUUCCAGCAGUCACUUCUAUCUCAGCUUAAUCGGCAGCAGUCUACUCAGGAACCCACUCAGACUGGUGGGACUACGGGGACACCCAAUAAUAAUAAUAAUAAUACGGGCCUCGAUUUGUUGAUGAACAUGUUUGGUGGACUUGGAGCAGGCAGCUUGACAGUUCCAAGCACACCUGAUGUACCACCGGAGCAGCUUUAUGCAACUCAACUUUCACAGCUUCAAGAAAUGGGUUUUUUUGACACACAAGAGAAUAUCCGAGCUCUGCGUGCGACUUCCGGGAAUGUGCAUGCAGCGGUGGAGCGGCUCUUGGGGAAUCCUGGUCCGUAAAAGUUUCAAGUCAGUUUCUGUUUUGCCAUUUAAUUGAGGAGUCUAAUAUGUGGGCAUGUAAGACUAAAAAAAGUCAAUUUGGAGUGUCUUCUAAAGACGGCAAAAGAUCUGGGGAUUAUCGGAUUCCAUUUUGAGCAUGUGAAUAAGCAAGUACGCACUAUUGAUAGUUAAUAGCUGUGAACUUGUCCAUAUGGACCAUGGGCGUACGCAUUCCUGUGACUAUAUUGUUGCCCCCCCCCCCCCCUUCUCUCUCCCUCUCUCUCUCUCUCUCUCUCUGUGAUCGUUCGUGUACAUACAGAUUUUUUAAGUAUUGGAUGAAAUGUUUGUUA